CGAUGGUGUUUUUUAGUGUAUCUAAUUAAUUGCAGCAAAUAAAUGAAAUUUAAAAUAAUUAAGUCAAUUCAAACGCACCCCUAUUUCUUCGAACCAAGUUCGGCUUAACCAAGUUAUCUGAAAAAUAAAUGUGCUUCCCGAUAUCGAAGUUAUGGUCGCACCCCCGUUUACGACUGCCAUAAAUUCUAUUCAAAUCAACUUUCGCUGCACAACCAACAAAAACCUGUUUGCUCUCACGUCACGAACAUCUGUUUGUUUAGAUGCAAUACUUCCAUUGUGACGCUACGUCUUACACGUCACGACAGUCAAUGCAACGGACGAAACGCACCCAUUGUGACAGGGCUGUAAUAUUCCACUUUGCUGGAUGCAGAAUGAAUACUAGCGCUGAAUCAAUUCGUUUUUGAAAUUGUUCAUCGAGUAUCUAAAUGGAAGAGGACUUUCUAUUGCUCUUAAUCGAGAAGUGGCAGGAUGCUUUUAAUAGCAAUACUAUGAAGUUUCUUGGUGACUGCAGCGAUCCGUUUAAUUUGUCAACCCAAGUUUUGGAAAAGCAUUUCCUCUUGCCAAAAUCUAUGUGUCGCUCAUUAAUAGAAGACUUGCUACCGUACGAUAAACAGGGCACUAGUCUACCUCUCGCUCUAAGAUUAAGAUAUUCGGCAUCAGUCAGCCAUCGAUGUCUCGCGCAUUGCCAAGUAUAACGGAACUAUUGGUUACACAAAAACGUGAUGAAAUAUGCUUUUCAGACAUAAAUUAGAGUCAAGCAGUUGUUAAGAAGGGGUGAAUAAUGACAAAAUGUUAUGUUUGUGAGCUGUUGUAUAUGCGGAAGAAUUAUUUUAUAAUUUCAAAGAAAAAUUUGACAUGGAUAAUACUUUGGGUGUUAUUGGAACAGCGCACAUUAAAAUACUGGUGUCAAAAGACAAAUGCGGAUCAGAAGAAUAUUUUAAUGAGCACUGUGAAUACAGUAUCAAAGUAGGAAGCAUUUGUGAUCACCGCUUGUUAUUCACAUCGCUAAACGCGAGAUCGCCUGGUUCCCUAUCUAAUUCAUCUAUCUGGCGUAGUUCUUUAAUAAAACACUACAAAUUAGGUUCACAAAACACUUGGUUACUAGGAGAUGUUACAUGCCCUCUAGAACCAUGGCUGCUUACUCGCCUGGAGUUAUCCUAUAACGAUAGGCUUAGAAGUUCUCAUAAUUGUAUUAAGCAACCCGCUUUAAAUGCCUCUCCAAAAGGCGCAGGUUGUAUUAUAAGCACGAACGUCCCGCAAACAUAUAUGCAUGUGCCAUACUACAUAAUAUACUCUUGAAGAAUUUAGGUAGUGCAACAUAGGAUAAAAACGAACUACAAACAUCUUUAGAAGAUGCUUCGAAGAAGGUGUCAGAGAAAGCGGCCUUGAAGCGUGCGCCAAAAUUUUUAGACGGCACAUACGUUAGACACCGUUAUACACAACAUUUAUAAUUUAUUAAAAUGGAAGAAAUAUUACUAUUUUUACACAAAAACCUAGUAUAUACACUGGUGGACAAAGAAAUAUAUUUUUUACUUGUGUACGCUUUCAUAUCUCCAAUGAAACUGCACUGAUGAUGAACUGUUGUAUGUGGACCUGCCACAACUGCGAUGGC